UCCUGCUGUUUAGAAGCGUUGUCUCUGAGCGUUAACGGCGAACUGUCUAGAAUUCUUUUUUCGACCGGGAAUGCGGCACUUUGGACUAACUUAAUUAUGUCGCUCAUCGAUUUACCGAUAUCCCCAACACUUAGUGCGCCCGAGAUCAAACAUUUCCCAUUCCUCUUGUUUAACGUAUUAUCGGUAAACCGCCUGCAGUAUGGAAACACCCUCAAUAAUCUGGACCAUGACUUACACGUACGAAAUCGAUCUAGAAACUCGUUGCAUUUUGCGGAUCCGAAAUCUCUUGUUACUACAUGGGCCACAGUGUUCUCAUCCUUUCCUAGGUUAGGCCAUUUCUCUUUUUCCUCCCACAGGAAUCCUGUCCCUUGUAACCACUCCCUUAUCUUAGCUUUAUCACUUAGUGAUAGUUCACGUGACGCGUUAUCCACGGGAUUCAAUCUACUUUUCAUGUAUCUCUAUUGGUUCGGCGUGGACAACUCAUGUAUGGUUGCUAACCUGUUACUCACAAACCUUUCAAAUCUUUUAGUCGUAUUUUUUAUGCAAUGAAGCACAAUUGACGAAUCCGUCCAAUAGAUGACCGAUGAAAUAGGAAUAUUUAACUGUUAAGAUGGUGGUUCCUUUGCAUGCUUUCCGGUCUUAGCACACACAACACAGGCUGUUAAUUCCAUUCUGGGCAUAGUGACAAGUGUAAGAGGAGCAAAUCCGGACUUAACUAGCAGAAGUGAGCAAUGAAUCUGACCAGAAACACUUUCAUAAAGAAUAUACAUAACAACACCAUACGCAAGCUCAGAAACUUCGGCAAAACAAUGAAUUUGAGCAGAUGAUGGUUCAAACCUUGGUUUCAGACAUCUUGGUAUUCUCAAGUAGUCCGACUCUUUUAUGUGUCUACACCGAAUAUUCCACUUCGCUUUACAAUCCAUGAGUAACUCUGCGUCCCAGUCUAAUUUCUGCCGACAGGUAUCUUAUAAGAUCGCUUUGGCUGGUAGUAUUAUUAGGGCUAUAAACCCAAAUAGAUCAAAGAUAGAUGCUACGUACGACAAAAUGUUUCUUCUGGUUAGGUUUCCAUGAAAUUCAUGAACUUAUUGGACUCACAGACGGUAAUGUUUCCUUCAAUACGGUCUUCCUCUGG